AUGCCCCCCUCCCCCUCCCACCCCCUCCGCGUCGCCAUCCUCGGCGACUCUCUCGCCGGCGCCUCCCUGCUCCGCGCGCUAGCGCCGCACGCGCACGUCGCCGCGGAGCUCCUCUGCGCGCGGCCCGCGCCGCGGGACGAGGGCCCGGCGGUCGCGCUGACGCGGGGCGCGCGGCGGGUGCUGGGCGCGCUGGGGGUGCCGCCGUCGUCCGCCUUUCCCGGCGCUGCGCCCGCGCGCGUGCGCGUCGCCGCCGGCCCGCACGCCGGGCGCGACGUGCUCGUUAGCGGGCCCGAGGACGGGGGCGCCGCGGCGUCGCGGCGCGCGCUGCUCGACGCGCUGCUGGCGGGCGCCACGCCGCCGCACGCCGUAAGGGUCGGCGCGCGCGUUGUCGGCAUCGAGCCGGCCUCCCCGGGCACCGCGGCGCUGGCACUGGUCUUCGCCGACGGCGCGCGCCGCGCGUACGACGUGGUGGUCGCGGCGGACGGGCUGCACGGGGCGGGGCGCGCGCAGGUGCUUGGGCUCGGGGGCGCCGCCGCGGCGGGGGGCCUGCGCGACACCGGGUACUGGGGCGUGCACGUGGAAGUGCCGGCGGGCGAGGCGGCCGGCGGCGAGGAGCGCGCGACGUGGGUGGGUGCGGGGACGGCGCUGACGCACGGCGCGGUGGACGGCGGCGGCGCCGUCGAGGUCGCGGUGUACGGGCGCGCGGCGGUAGCGGCGGUGGAGGGCGAGGACGCGGCGGCAGCGGCCUGGGCGCGCAUCUUCACGCCCGACGAGUUCCGCGCCCUGUUCGCGCGCAGCAACUGGGUGCCCGAGUGCCGGGGCCUGGUCGAGCUCAUCCAGCGCCGCUACACCGUGCACGUCACGGCGCUGAACCAGCUCGCGCCGCCGGCGACGCCGACCUUCGCGCCGUCCGACGCCCAUGCCGCCGCGCUCCUCGGCGACGCCGCCCUCACCAUCCUGCCGUUCCCGCCGGCCGCGCCCGUCGUCGCCGCGCUGCAGCAGUCGCUGGUGCUCGCGGCGGUGCUCGCGCGCGUGCCCUCGGCCGCCGCCGCGCCGCUCGCCCUGCGCGCGUACGACCGCGUCGUGCGCCCCCGCGCCGAGCGCGCCGCUGCCGACGCCGCUGCCGCCGCCGCCCUGCUGACUGGCACCGCGCCUGGCGUCGGCACGGACGCCGAGGCGCUCGGCGCCGCGCUAGCAGCGCUCCGGGCCGACGAGCCUGCCGACGACGUCGAGGCGCUGAUCCAGGAGGGCCUGGGCGUACUCGCCGAGUUGCUGCACGGGGGGCAGUAGGAGGCUCACGGUGUUCCGGAGACAAGGUGUCACGAUACGUUUUGCGUUUUUCCAGCCCCGGCGUUUCCGCUUCCGUUUGUUUUCCCAUCGCCCCUUUUCUUGGCCGUACGUGUCACCAGCCGCCCCUGGCCGGUUGACCCACUGGGUUUGCGGGCUGUGGAUGACCGUUGCGCUGUUUCCACGGCAACUGUUCCUACGAAACUACGGCGCCUGGGAGUUGGGGGAUCGCAAGGUGAAUUCUAAAGUCAGG